AUGAUAAGUGGAGGUAACGAAGAAGAAUUGUCAGAACAACAAAUAAUUGAAAGAGUUCAGGGUAAGAAUAUUUCCAGAGAACUAGACUCUUCAGACACCGACGCAGAUUAUUCUAUACAUGGCAGUAGCUCUGAUUUUCAAUCUGAUAAUGAGAUAAACGCCCAAGAGGAAGAGAUUAAGAACUUACAUCAGAGCUCUAAAAUGAUGUUGCCAAAUGAGUACGCUAUAGUUAAAGUUGAAGACAUGGAAAAGAAUUUGUGUCUUCCCAAAAUACCAGAUCAGCAGGCAUAUUAUAGCCGCCAGUUAUACUUACAUAAUUUCACUGUAGUGCAAGGAUCAUCGACAAGCCAAUUAAGUACCGAAAAUUGCUUUAGAUACUGUUGGACUGAAGAUGUAUAUGGGAAAGGGUCCAAUCAAGUGGCAUUUGCCAUAUUUCACCGAUUGCAAAAUACGGACUUAUUUUCUUAUACGAAAAUAAGGUUGGCUGCAGACGGUUGUGGAGGGCAAAACAAAAACAAAAUUGUUUUGGCCAUGUGUUGCAGAUGGUUUUUAGAAGCGCCAAACAAUAUCCAAUCUAUCGAGAUAUUGUUUCCUGUGCGUGGACAUUCGUUUAUUCAUCCAGAUAGUCUUUGGUAUUUUAGAAAAUCAGUUCAAAAAGUUGCAAAUCCAAAUGAUUAUAAUAUUAUAAAAACCCAUGAGACGUUGUUAGUGGCUGAAACAGAUUUUGAGUUUUACGAUUGGCGUAAAGAAGCUGAUACUGUUUUAAAGCCUAUAGGAUCAUGGCAUUUUUCAUUUGCACAAUCAAAGGUCUAA